AGACCAACACGAAGAAGAAGAGAAGGUACCGCUAUCAUUACACAGAGGCUGAAAGAGAAAAAGCAAGGCGUUUUCUCAAGAGGGACAACUAGAAUUGAAUAUUAACGCUGACUGAAAUACAGUUGCAAGCUCAGAAAUAUUAUCAAUCCCUGCCCUAGUUUGGUCUGGAUAUCCCCUGGAGAGAAAUCCCAGCAAAAAUAGACAGGCCUGCGCUGCCCUCUGCCACGUGUCUCUCUCUGCUCGUCGUCUUGGAUAUCCUGCAGUCCAGAGGUGAAGGAUAUGGAUCCUAUGGAGUGUCCGCUGUGUUUGGAGCCGCUGGAGACAGACGAUGCCAACUUCUUUCCCUGCACCUGCGGCUACCAGAUCUGUCGCUUCUGCUGGCACCGCAUCCGCACAGACGAGAACGGCCUCUGCCCUGCCUGCAGAAAGCCUUACCCAGAGAACCCAGCGGUCUACAACCCCCUGUCAGCGGAGGAGCUGCAGAGGAUAAAGAAUGAGAAGAAGGCCAAACAGGUGGAGAAGAAACAGAAGACGACAGAAAACAGGAAGCACCUGGCCAGCGUCAGGGUGGUGCAGAGAAACCUGGUGUUUCUAGUGGGACUGUCACAGAGACUGGCCGACCCCGAGAUUCUAAAGAGACCCGAGUAUUUUGUGAAGUUUGGGAAGGUCCAUAAAGUAGUCAUCAACAACAGCACCUCAUACGCCGGCUCACAGGGUCCCAGUGCCAGUGCCUAUGUCACUUACAUCCGCUCAGAAGACGCCCUCAGAGCAAUACAGUGUGUCAACAACCUAGUAGUAGACGGCAGAACACUGAAGGCUUCCUUAGGGACGACGAAAUACUGCAGCUACUUUCUGAAGAGCAUGGGGUGUCCCAAACCUGACUGCAUGUAUCUACACGAGCUGGGGGACGAUGCGGCCAGCUUCACUAAAGAGGAGAUGCAGGCAGGGAAGCAUCAAGAGUAUGAGCAGAGGCUGUUACAGGAUCUGUACCAGAACCCCAGCUUUACCACCCAGACCUCAGGAGGGGAGACGACCAAGAGCUCUAAACCCAGCUCUUUGCAGAGAUCCAACAGUAACAACAGUCAUGGACAAGACGUGUGGCCAACGUUACAACCCACGGGGACGACGACCAAUGGUCUAUCGGAGCACAGUAAGAGCCCGCCGCUGAACGGUGGCGGCUUGGACUCUGAACACAUGACACCGGACGGACCAGAACGUGACGUUGGCCACAUGACACCGGACGGACCAGAACGUGACCUUGGCCUGGGCUCUGUGACUGGCCUCUCGCCCUUCUCCUCAAGCCGUGACCCCCCAAGGGCUGCUGUGUCUUUCAGCCCCAGGGACGCUCUGCCAGACGUCACCAGGGGCAGGGACACACAACAUGGGGACUCCUCUGAACGUCACAACCUGCUCCCAGACAGUGACUCUCCGUCGCCCCCUCCUGUCCUCUCCGGCCCUCCUGGUUUCUCCAAAGCCAGCCAAGUGGUUCCCAUCAGUGUGACUACCCGGUCUCCCUUUCAGGGGGCUGCCGCCGAGUCCCAGUCUCUGUUCUCAGACAAUAGUAACUAUCGCCAUCCUAACCCCAUCCCCAGUAGCCUCCGUGGGUUCCCCAGCACCUCCACACAUAACAACCACGACACCUGGCCCACUGCACCCCAACCACACAGCCUCUUCACUUCAGAUUCCAUCCCAGUAUCGUCCUCAACAGACUGGCAGGCAGCCUUCGGCUUCGGCUCAUCCAAACAGCAGACGUCAGAAGAUGACUUGGGAUUCGAUCCUUUCGACAUCACGCGUAAAGCCCUGGAGGACCUGAUAGAGAAGGAGCUCAGCGUUCAGGACAGCCUCCCGUCCCUCUCCAUCUCCCCAGGUCCCUUCCCCCCCCACCACCACCACUCACUCCUCUCCUCCGUCGCCACCAAAGCUGCUCCUGGUCCCCCUGGAGAACUGAUACCCCGUAACCACUUCUUCUCUGGGCCCAUCUCCGGGCUCUCUAGUAAUCACUGCUUCUCCCAGAUGCAUCAACACCACCCUCCACAACGGGCUGUCUAUAACUCCUUCAGCUUCCCCGGACAGCCGCCUUCAUCAUCGUCCUCGUCUUCAUCACAGACCAGCCGCCACCCCUGGAUGACGUCUGCCCCGAACCGAAAUAACUUCACGACGCACUUCGGCGGCAACCGUACGGUGUCACAACACGGCAGCUUCCUGGACCUGAUGCUGCCCAGUACAGGGCUGGGAGGCAUCGCCACGACAGGUUUCCCAUCGUCAGCAGGCAACAGUUUUGACUCCCUCCAGGAUGACAACCCUCCCCACUGGCUCAAGUCCCUUCAGGCCCUUACAGAGAUGGAUGCUCCAUCUAUCCCCAGCUCCACUGCGAACCCGAACCCCCAGCAGCCCAACUCACACAGCGGCCAGGUCCGUCCUCACCACAGACCCAGCUGGGCCCCCUUCCCACCCCCAUCCACAGCCUCUCACAACCCCCACCCAGUCGGCCACUUCCACUCCCCACCUCCAGGCUUCCAGACUGCUUUCAGACCCCCGACUCAGACACCCACAGAGCUGCUCCAGAGCGCCGGCAUGGACCGCCACUAGGGGGCGAUGCUGUGAAGUGGACUUCUGAUUCCCGUCUUUAAAUCACCCCACAGAAACAUAAAUUAAACUAAAUCGGAUGUAAUUAACACAAUCAAAAAUAUUAAGAGAUGUUGUUCUUCCUGGUGAGCUGGUUUUCUGAUCCUGUGUUCCAUCUUGGUUGGGUUGUUUCAGUUGGUCUAUAGAGGCAAACUACUAUCCUGCUAUACUCUCUGUCUGUCUACCUGGUCCUGUCUGUCUACCUGGUCCUGUCUGUCUACCUGGUCCUGUCUGUCUGUCUGUCUGUCUGUCUGUCUACCUGGUCCUGUCUGUCUGUCUGUCUGUCUACCUGGCCCUGUCGAUCUGUCUGUCUCUCUGUCGGUCUCUCUCUGUCUGUCUCUCUGUCUGUGUCUGUCUGUCUACCUGGCCCCUGUCUGUCUACCUGGCCCCUGUCUGUCUACCUGGCCCCUGUCUGUCUACCUGGCCCCUGUCUGUCUACCUGGCCCCUGUCUGUCUACCUGUCCCCUGUCUGUCUACCUGGCCCCUGUCUGUCUACCUGGCCCCUGUCUGUCUACCUGGCCCCUGUCUGUCCAACCACAUCGUGACCGAUAACAGUUACCAGAUGUUCCCAGGUUUCUAUGGCAGCAUUAGUGACGGCACCAUCGGGAUUUGACGGCAAGCUUAAAGAGGAACAUUUGAAGAUGUCAAAACAGAGAUAUGAUCCAGAUAUUAAAAUAGUGUGUUUUAUCACAAAUAUAACUGAACGUCAAAGCUACGAAUCAGAUCUCAAACGGAACCCCGUUACCUAUAUAGUUCACUACUUCCUAGGACCCAUGGGGCUCUGGUCUAAAGCGGUGUCCUACAUAGGUUUUGAGUGCGUCCCUCACCUCCGUUUUGUUGAUACGCAGCUUCCUGCCAGACCCCGAGACGUAAGCUUCUGAUUCGCAGAUCAAAUCGGGGUACGUCACACUUCCUCUUUGAUCCGGUGGGCUGUUCUUCCUUUUGCUCUAUGGACGUCCAGGCACCACACCCUUAAUCACAUCACAGUCACAUCACAGUCAACUUUUACCGGUUGAACGUGGACACAAAUAUAAUUAUUUUUCUAUAAUUUCCCCCCUGGAAAUAUUAUUUUGAGAUAUGCAAAUGAGGUGAUAUUUCAUUUUUUUUCAAAUGCACUUAUUUGCAUAUCACGCGAAUACAUUAUUCUGGACACUGGGUUUAAAGUCACAAAUAUUUAGGCUAUUUAAUUUUGUUAGGACACUCCACGACUGGAUUUAUACAUAACAGAUUGUGAAUGAAACCUUUUUUUACACAUUUCUAUCUGUCAAAAAUACUCAAAUGCAAUUUUUUUCAGGAGAAAAUGUAAUCUAGAAUUUUAAAAAAUUACGACACGUCAACUAAUCCCUAUGUAUAAGUAGGAAAAUAGGUCUAAGGAUAACCACACACAGUUUGGUGACCGCUGAUGCUUCUGAAGAUGAGGAAACAGAGUUGUUGUGUGGUAAGUCUGUCGGGAAAUGGCAGUUUGAAACACAGAAUCUACCCUGCCAAGCACAGUACCAGGCAAACGUUUAGACACAUCUACUCAUUCAAGGGUUUUUCUUUAUUUUUACUAUUUUCUACAUUGUAAAAUAGUAGUGAAGACAUCAAAACUAUGAAAUAACAUAUGUGGAAUUAUAUCGUAGCCAAAACAGUGUUCAACAAAUCAAAAUCUAUUUUAUAUUUGAGAUUUUUUUCAAAGUAGCCACUUUUUUGUGGUCUUGAUGACAGCUUUGCUCACUCUUGUCAUUCUAUCAAUCCAUGAAUGAGGAGGUGUGUCUCAACGUUUGUGUUCUUGACAGCUUUGCUCACUCUGUCAUUCUGUCAACCCUUGAAUGAGGAGGUGUGUCUCAACGUUUGCUACUGUGUUCAGACCCAAUCACAAUCUCUUCAAAUUAAGUUACUAAAUAUAGUCCAGUUUGUUACAUUCGUUAUUAAAUUGGUUUUUACCAUGAUGGACGUAGGUCCAUUUAUCAGUGGUUACAA